CGUCCCCUGGUCCCCCCCCAGCUCUUGGCGCUGCUGCUGCUCCUCGGAGCGGGGACCCCGGGAAGGCCGGGAGUUCCGGGAGCUCUGGGAAAUUCGGGAAUUCUGGGAAAUUCGGGAAUUCUGGGAGUUUCGGGGAUCCCGGGGAGGAGCCGUGAGGAGCUCCCUGCUCCCUCCCGCCCCCUCUCCCGCCGGCCCCGCUCCGUGCCCGCCUCCCGCUGGCUCCGUUGGGUUCCGUUCCGCGGCUCCGUCCCGCCCGACGCCGUCUCCAGCCCCAACCCCCGCUCGGGCCGCUCCGAGUUCGUCUGCUCCACUCGCGACCGCGGCUGCAACCUGGGCUCCUUCGAGCCCUCCCGCGGCCCCUUCUGCUCCUUCCCCUGGGCCGGCCGGGAGCUCCGCAGCUCCGACUUCCAGCUCCUGCUCAACCCCGGCGCCUUCGAGGCGCUCGACUGGGCGGCCGCGUCCUUCGGCAGCGCUCCGCCGGGCGCCGUCGAGGGCUGCCCGCUCACCGACAUCUUCGUGGGCCGCGGGCCCGAGGGGCUGGGCAAGGUCUCCCGGGAGCAGCAGGCGCUCUUCGUGGCCGUGGAGGGCGAGGAGAUUUGGUACAAGUGGUACGAGGUGCUGGUGGUGCGCCAGGACCCCGCCGAGCUCUCCAUCACCGAUGUGUCCUACGAGGGAGCCGCGGCCACGGAGAGCGCCGAGCCCGCCGAGCUGGCCGAGGUUGUGGCCAGGAACGACGCCUGCGAGGUCGCCACCACCUGGGUCACCCUGGAGGAGGCCAGCGAGGUGGAGCGGGGCUGGAGCUCCGAGCUGCCGGCGCUGGCGGCCGCCCGCGGGGUGCUGCGAGCGGCUCCGCUGAUCCUGAGCGAGCCGCAAGGGUGGCACCUGGGCAAUGCCACCGCCGUGCCCUGGGUCGGCGGAGCCGCCCUCACCGAGUUCGUGUCGAGGCAACACCGCGUCCGACAGGAGCUCCCGGCUCGCUCCGAGUGCUCCGUGCUGCUCCGAGGGCUCCGGCGCCGCCUGCGGGUCCCGUUCCGGGCCAGGCUGAGCCGGGAGUUCCGCUCGGGCCGCCCGCACCGCGUGGGCAUCGCGGGCACCGCCUGGAGCAGCGCGGUCACCGCAGCCCGGCCCCAGCUCGGCCGCUGCCGCCGCAUCGCCGAGCUGCCGCCCUGCCCCGACUGGGGCUGAACCCCCGCAAUCCGGAUUUUUAUCCCCAAAAAAACCCCAAAAAUCCACGGGAACGCUCGGCUGCAGCGCGGGAUUUGGGUUUUGGGGUUUUGGGGUUUGUGGCAUAAAGGUGGCCCCAAAGUGCAGGGAAUGGUUCGGGUGAAAUGUCCUUUUUUCACCCCAAAAAUCCAGCAGGAAACCGAGGCUGAACCCCUGGAAUUCUGAUUUUUAUCCCCAAAAAAACCCCAAAUCUGUGGGAGGGCUCGGCUUCGGUGCAGGGUUUUGGGGUUUUGGGGUUUGGGGGAUUUUCGGCAUAAAGGUGACCCCAAAAUGCAGGGAAAUGGUUCUGAUGGAGUUUCAUUUUUUCACCCCAAAAGUCCAGCAGGAAACCGGGGCUGAACCCCUGGAAUUCUGAUUUUUAUCCCAAAAAAACUCCCAAAAAUCCA